GCUUCUCUUCUUAGAGUGUCUUCCCUUCUCUCCACGGUUUUUGAAAUGUUGAAAAUGGCUUCUUCUUCUUCUGUUUCCCUUCUCCUCUUGCAACUCCUGCUUGUAGUUUCCCUCUUUCAUGUCUCUUCUGCAGGAAGAAGACUGACUGAGUUGGUACAGGAGCAACCCCUGCUUCAAUACCAUAAGGGUUCCCUUCUUUCCGGCCAAAUCUCAGUUAAUCUCAUCUGGUACGGCAAAUUCAAGCAAUCCCAACAUGCUAUCAUCUCCGAUUUCAUAUCUUCCCUCUCCACAACCUCACCUCCCCUGAACACCCAACCCCAACCCUCUGUUCUUACAUGGUGGAAAACCACAGAGAAAUACUAUCAUCUCAGCUCUAAGAAACAAUCUUCGCUUUCCCUCCAUCUGGGCAAGCAGCUCCUCGAUGAGAACUACUCCUUGGGCAAAUCUCUAACCAGCAAACAACUUGUUCAGCUCGCAGCCAGAGGCGACCAUAGGAACGCCAUUAACGUCGUCUUGACAGCCUCUGAUGUUGCCGUUGAAGGGUUCUGCGUCAGUAGGUGCGGAACUCAUGGGUCCUCUCUGGAACACCACCACAUGAAGAAUGUUCGCUACAAGAAGCACAAGUUCGCUUACAUCUGGGUCGGCAAUUCGGAGACUCAAUGCCCUGGUCAAUGCGCUUGGCCCUUCCACCAACCCAUCUAUGGAACUCAGAGCUCUCCUUUGGUCGCCCCCAACAACGACGUUGGCCUUGACGGAAUGGUUAUCAAUCUCGCUAGCCUCUUGGCCGGAACUGCCACGAAUCCAUUCGGUAAUGGUUAUUACCAAGGAUCUGCAGAGGCACCUCUAGAAGCUGGUUCGGCUUGCCCUGGUAUAUAUGGAAAGGGAGCUUAUCCGGGUUAUGCUGGAGAGCUUUUGGUGGAUUCGACGACCGGUGCUAGCUACAAUGCCCACGGCGUAAAUGGGAGGAAGUAUAUGCUUCCGGCCCUGUACGAUCCUACCACAUCUUCGUGCUCGACAUUGGUCUAGAACAGUAGCAGAGUGGCUAAUUGUAUAUUCCUCAUAACAAUAGUAGGAAAACUAGGAUUAGAUACUGUAAUUUAUUUGUUUAUUUGUUCAUUUUUUGCCCCAUUAUGAUCGAAUAAUUUAUAAAAGCAAAUAACUUUGGGUUUGCUCCUUCAAC